AUGUCAAGGCUAGACCUGAACGAGGGCAACUCGAUGCAGAGUGGCAAAGUUCAUGGCCCUUUCUUCUUCGAAAAGCUUGUGUGCCAAACAAACCAUAUGUUAACAUCAAAGGGAGUUUUCUUCGGCAGUGACCCUCUCAAAUACUCUAUGCCACUUCUCUUGCUGCAAAUGGCAGCCAUUAUCAUCACCUCAAGGCUUCUCUUUCGCCUCCUCAAGCCCUUAAAGCAAGGCAUGAUCUCUUCUCAAGUCUUGCUCCCUGAUGGACCUCCAUUGGGGACAGGGCUCACGACAAAGCUCGAGAUGUAUGCAUCGAGUCUUAUGCUCCCGUGUUUCAUCGCCAUUAGUGGUUUGCAGACCAACUUCUUUGUGAUUGAGCAAAACCACGUGAAGAUCAUUGAAGCUGUGAUCCUCAUGAUUACCUACAUCUGCAAGUUCGUUGGAACCGCAGCUGCUUCGGCGUAUUGCAACAUAGAGAUUGGAGACUCACUUUCUUUGGCGUUUUUGAUGUGUUGCCAAGGAGUUAUCGAGAUCUACACUUCUGUCAUGUGGAGAGACGAAAAGGUAUUAAUAGCCAUGCAGAUUUAA